AUGGUUGCUGCUCAGUCGAUCAAGAGAAUAGCUAGCGGGGUCGAGGACAAUGGGGUCGUGUCAUUCGAAGCACAGCCAUAUGCCUUUCGGUUCAAUCCCUCAACGACGGCACUUUUGAUUAUUGACAUGCAACGGGAUUUCCUGCUGAAGGAUGGCUUUGGGUACAUACAGGCAGGGGACGCCGGAGUGGAGAAAGUACAAGCCACUAUCAAACCAACACUGGCGGUAUUGCGCAUGUUUCGCGAGUGUGGAAUCCAUGUAAUCCAUACACGUGAAGGCCACCGACCUGAUUUGCGAGAUCUGCCUACACCCAAGUUAUUGAGACAGGCUCAUGCGCCCGAGUCCCGUCACUCGAUGGUCAUCGGAGAUGUUGGUCCUAUGGGAAGACUUCUCACGAGGGGAGAAUACGGCCAUGAUAUCAUUGACGAGCUGCAACCGGUGACAGGAGAAUAUGUGGUUGAUAAGCCGGGGAAAGGCAGCUUCUUCUCUACGACAUUACACGAGCAUUUGGUUGAUCGAGGCAUCACACAUUUAAUUGUAGCCGGUGUCACCGUGGAAUGCUGCGUGACCACCACAGUUCGAGAAGGCAAUGACCGAGGAUUUGACGCUUGCAUUCUCAGUGACUGUACAGAUGGAUUUGUGCCAACAUUCAAGUCUGCAUCGCUAGACAUGAUCCAUUUUUCGGAAGGAUUAUUUGGGUUUGUUAGCGAGUCACAGCCUCUACUUGCCGCCUUAUCAUCGCUUCCAGCUGAUUCCAGCAAGUCGGCACGGGAUUGGGACGGUUCGAUGAGCAUAGAGUCGCUCAAAAGUGCAUAUUCUGGUGGGCUUUCUCCCGUCACAGUUGUGAAAUAUGUUCUCGAAACGAUAAGCGCAGAUAAAUCAAACCAUUCGGCCGUUUGGCUUAACCUUUCAUCGACCAAGGACCUUUUGCACAGAGCAGAAAGUUUGGAACAAUUAGGAGAUCGUAAUCUACCUCUUUUUGGAGUGCCUUUCGCCGUCAAAGACAAUAUCGAUGUUGCCGGACUACCUACGACGGCAGCAUGUCCAGAAUUUGAAUAUGUCCCGGAAAAAUCAGCAUUCGUUAUAAGAAAGCUAGAAGCCGCUGGAGCUAUAGUCAUUGGUAAGACAAAUCUGGAUCAAUUCGCAACAGGACUUGUCGGUACUAGAUCACCAUACGGUGCGUGUCAUUGUGCUCUUGAUCCUACGCGUGUCUCAGGCGGUUCCAGCUCAGGUUCCGCUGUGGCCGUCGCCUUGGGCCAAGUCGCUUUCGCCCUUGGAACAGAUACAGCAGGAUCAGGUCGCAUUCCAGCAUCGUUCAAUAACAUUAUCGGACUGAAACCCACCAAGGGAACAAUAUCCACAACCGGAGUCAUACCUGCAUGCAGGACACUUGACUGUGUCUCUUUUUUCGCCAACACUAUUUCCGAUGCAAGAACCGUAUGGCUUGCAGCUAAGGAGCACGAUCCUGAAGAUCCUUAUUCCCGAAGCUCGCCAUCGCUGGCAUCUUUGAACAGCAGAUCUAUUCUACAUGAAGAGUCAACAUACACCGUUUCCUUUCCUCCCAUAGGUAUACUGGAAAGCGCACUUUCUCCUGCAUACAACAAGCAGUUUGUCAAAGUCGCUUCGCUUGUUCGUAGUCUGGACAAUGUUGAAGAAAUCAACUUUGACUGGUCAUCAUACCUCUCCGCUUCCGAUUUGCUGUACAAGAGUGCCUUUGUUGCUGAAAGAACCGCCGCACUGCAGGAAGUAUUAAACAGUAAAGCUAAAAAGAUAACUUUACAUCCAGUGACACAACAAGUUUUGGACUUGGCGGGAUCCAAAUCGGCAACUGAUGCGUUUCGCGAUAUUUACGAAGCUCAACGACUACUGAAAGUCAUCGAAGCUGGGUUCGACAAAUGUGACAUCCUUGUCGUGCCUACCGCUCCAAAUCAUCCAACCAUUGCAGAGGUAGAGCAAGACCCAAUUGGACCUAACUUGAAGUUGGGAUACUUCGCAAGCGCAGUCAACGUCCUUGAUCUAGCUGCUGUUGCUAUACCAGCGGGUCAUAUCGAGGGCUUGCCAUUUGGUAUAUCGAUUAUUGCUCCGGCGUUCAAGGAAGGUGUGAUUCUCCAAGUGGCACAAAGGAUUCAAGCGCGAUUAGGACAUUUUGUGCUGUAA